UAUCAUCCAUUUCAGUGCGGAGGUAACGUAACUAUCAACAACACUGGUGAAAUCACUAGUCCCGGAUUCCCAUUAAACUAUCCUAAUAAAGCAAACUGUGAGUGGAAGAUCUACGUGGAUAAAGGUUCGCGAAUAAAGCUAACCUUCAUGGACUUUAAAGUAAGUGAUAACUUAAUGAGGGAACAAUUUUUUUAAGUGAUUAGCAACGACAUUUAAAAUUCUAUUUUUAAAGUAAGCCGCAACUAUUGCAUAUGCGUGAAGAAACCGGGAAAAUUUUCAGGCUUGCCGAAAGUCAAACCCUUGACCUCUGCGAUACCGGUGAAGCGCUCUAACCAAUUGAGUUGGCAACCCAACUGCGAGAUGGUCAUUACCGUAUUUAUUCGAUUAACCGCCCUGGGCGCUUAUUAAAUUUUUGGACCUUGAGACGGGGCGCUUAUUCGAGGCUGGGCACUUAUUAAAUUUUCACCAUUUUCAGCAAGUGAAGUAUGUUUAUUUUGCAACAAAACAAUAAAUGCUAAUAACAAAACGCGAAGAAGUAACUAAGCAAGGUUUCUGUAAAAUACUCUGAAGAAAACUCCGUCCCUUGGGAAGUGUCCCAUUGGAAUUUAUUUACUCAAGUGGGUGUGGUGGGGGUAAGCGCUUAUUUGAUUUUGAUUAGGAGGAGGAGGGGGUGGGCGCUUAUUCGAGGCUGGGCGCUUAUUAACUUUUUCUGCCUUUAGGAUGGGCGCUUAUUCGAGGUGGGCGCUAAUUCGAGGUUGGGCGCUUAUUCGAAUAAAUACGGUAAAUUGGUUCGUAACCGCACACCCAGGAAAAGAUGAAGAUGAAAUAAUUGAUAUAUGAAUUUCAAAUAUUUAAACCGCGGAAUGAAUACAUAAAUGUAGGGAAGAUCCUCGCAGUUAAAGUGUCCCAACUUCAUAUCGAAGUCUGCAGGACAAAUACUCUUAUAUUGAAUUGGGUUUCGUAUCUGCGCGAUUUUAGGAGGUAUGGUAUUCGAAUUCAGCCAUUUUAUUAACACUAAGGUGCCCUUUUGAGUACUGUAGAUAAGUAGAGUUUUGGGCCGAUGUUAAAGUUUGAAAUUUAGCGUGACAAGGCCUGUAGUUAAUAAAGCCAUUGCAAAACCGUUCGCCGACUGUAUUUGAUAUCGUUGUCUUUAUGGCUUACUUCUGUACACGCUGUCAAAACAAGCUAAGGAAACGGAGAAAACGAUGAUGAUUCUUGCCGUUAUGCACUAAAGGUUCUAAACAACAGUCAGGAAUCCGCGGGGUUUUAACAUCAUCAACAACCAAAUUUUUGCACGCUUUCAGAAAGAAAAUUCCUUAUCUCUCAAAGACAUUUAAGAACGCUAGCCGCUACUGGGAACGGCGGACCAAAGUGCAGACUUUUAAAGUAGCAUCGACCAACUUAAUUCCUCGUCUACAUAUCGCUUCGGUUUCUUUACUUCACGUAGCGUGUUCCAGGCUCCGAGAUAGUCUGAGAAAGGGCAAACACGAAAAUAAAACAGGAGGCACUAUCUGAGAGCCUGGAACAGGCUAGACUUCACGAUGUUGAUACUCAUCUCCUGAUGGGUGACAAGUCUGCCUGACAUGUGCGACAGCAAAGACAAUCGCGCGGGCCUAGCCUUAACAGAAAAACAAAUGUCCGCCAAUGUGGGGAGAGACUUUGAUAUAUGCAUUGCGCACUCCGCUCCAUCUUAAUCACAAAUCACGAAUCUCCCAAUCCUAAGUUCGUGAGAAUAAAGAGUAUCUCUCUAUCUAAGGCAUCAGCUAACGCUCCAAAAUUUACAAGCCAUCAUACGCUGUUCUACACUCCCCAGAGGGGAGGGGGUUGGUUCCGGCAAACUACCAAAAUUUACAUUCAUGUGCUACACCUACAGAGUUAGGGGUUAGAAUUUUCAACUAAAAAAAAAAGGUAAACUAACGCAUUAGAGCUAGAUCAAGAGUGCUGGUUUCCUCGCUCUUGAUCCUGGUUUUGUAGACCACGCACCGUUCACACCUUGUUCAAGGCUUCCGGUUCAGAAUGAUACCUUGUUUUAGACUCGGGAUCCCGAAAACCGCACCCAGUUCAGUGGCGCAUCCCCGUUUAGGCCAGGCAAGGGAGUCCACCCGGCCCACCUUGGAUUACAGACGGAAGUUAAUUCCCUCCUUUCACCCGAUCUGCAAGAUAUACAGGUCGUCCCAAAAGUUCGUGCCUUUAAUUUCAUGAGCUAAAACUUUUGAUCAAAGCUUAACAUUGACACGAAAUUUCUCAAAGAUCUUUAUUGCUUUAUCGAGUUCAUGUAUUUAGAAGUUCAGUAACUGGCAUUGCCCCUUUGUUUUUUGUUUUUUUUUUUUUAUCACACUCUGUAGCAGUUGCGGCAGUGAGUGCAGGAGCCAUGUUGUGUAGCGUAUAAAGCCCCAGAUGAUUCAUUUUAAGCUUUUUUGUCACCUAGUAAGCAGGAGCCACUUGAGACCAGCUGAACGAUGCUUUGAAAACUGAGUAGAGGUUUUUUAUUGCCCUCUAAGGGGUCUCCAAACGUUGCUUUUCAUGAACCUGCUCCAAAAUUAGCUUGCCAUCUGUUGUGACAGCUACCUGAUCGUCGAGUUUCCUCUAUUGUACUUAACGUUCUUUCAAAAACCUGUUUGAGCGGUUUUAUUCCGGACUUUCCCCUCGUUUCUUGUCUUUAAAACCUUCAUUUCUCAGAUCAAUAACCAUCUUAUCACCCAACAUUCGGAUUUUUCCAUUUUUGUAGUAAUUUCGUUGACUGAUAAGCUAGUAAAUCGAAGUAUACAUGCUUAUGCUCUCAUAUAGCUGAACGUUUAUAAGUUAAGAGGGUUUAUCUUUCAUGAUAUUCACAAACAACAGAGAAGGAGUUCGAGCAAUUUGGGCUACAAAGUACAAAAAAUAUGUGGCGGGAAAACAUACUCGCACAAGCGCACUUGUUGAGCAGUACACAAAUCGAAUAUUAGAGUCAAAAGAUGGCACAAAAAGUAUAAAAUACUUAAUUAUAUUGAAAGAGACUACUUUAGAUUAAACGAUUUGCUUACCAAGUCCAAUCGUACCGCAUUAUAGAUUUAUAGAGUAGAGGAACGAACUUUUGGAACACCCUAGCUGUAUAUGUAAUUAUAUAAUUACUACUCGCUGAUCGCGAGUAACGUAUGUUUUGCUUCCUAGGUGGAAUCAUGUCCGUAUGAUUAUUUGGAGGUUUUUAAUGGUGACACAAAAGAUAUAAAGAAACGUGUGGCUAAACUAUGCGGAAGUGAGUUACCUGAUCCUAUCGAAUCCAGUGGCAACACACUCAUCCUAACGUUCUCUUCAGAUUACGCAUUUGGCUACAAAGGCUUUAAGCUGCAUCUUACAAAAACAGGUGUGGCACUAGCUAGUUUUGUUAGUACAUAUCAAGAGUAAUGAGAAUUAUUCUCUCUGUAUAUAUUUAUCCUGAUGUAAUUAGGCAUUUACAAUGUGGUACUGAGCAAGUGACUGCAAAACGCCGGAUAAGCAAUAGUUCCUACAGUGAACAUAGACUGGAGAUCAGAAAGAAGUUGCGGCCACACGAGAAUGCGAUACGAGAGGUUUCACCUGUAAGCUUUUACCGGGAAUUAUUAUUAUUAUUUUUUUUUUUAUGGAUAAGAAGUCGCUUUAUUGGACAUGGACAUGGAGGUUCGACAUUGUGUAUAUUUCCAUACUGUCAAUCUUACGUCUUUCAGCUCCAUUGUGUGGCCCAGAGGGUGCUUUUGCGGAUUAUACCUUCCUCAUAGAUGCUUCAAGCAGUAAUCUCCCAUCGGAAUUUGAUAUUUUAAAAACGUUCGUCAAACGAGUGAUAGACUUUCUUCAGAUUGGACCCAAUCAGACCCAUGUUGGUGUGAUUGAGUACAGCAAGGGUGCUAGUUUGCAGCUCAAUUUUUCAAGAUCCUUUGACAAACGAGAAAUCAAGAGCUUUGUGGAACAAGUGCCCCAUACUGCAGGUAUCACUCGGAUCGAUUUGGCGUUGAAGGUUGCUUCGGAACAAUUAUUCACACCGCAAGAAGGAAUGAGAGACGAUUCAAGAAAGGUAAAGUUAAGCAGCUAUCAAUAAAUUCACCAUGAUUUUUCUUAAAUCCCCAGGUAAGUGUGAAACGGUAAUUUAUUAUUCCUUCUAAUUUUCCAAAACAUGAACCCAAGGACUGCAGAAGGAUUUUAUGUCGAGAACAUUUUCUAAUUUUGUGAAGUAUUUAUAUUGAAAAGAAAGUGCAUUUGACAGUUAUCGUUCAAAGAGAUACAAACUUCUAAAUUAGGUAAUGGGUGAAAGGGGUGCCAUUUGUCAAUAGAAGGUAUACUAAAGGGGUACCUUUUCUACCAAAAAUGGUAUGGGUGAAACGGCAAUUUAUUGUUCCUUCUAAAAUUCCAAAACAUGAACCCUUCUAACAUUUGAUGACCUGAUGUGCGCACCACAUCGUAUUGAGAAAAGUUUCGUUCCCUUAGUUGUACUCGAACAACAACAAAUCAACAAAAAUUUUAUUCCACAUAGUUCAGAUACAACACUAAUUAAUUACGCACUCAGAUAAGAUUACAGGAAUAUUGAGAAAUCGGAAAAAAGUUAAACACACCAUAAAAGUAAACACAGUCAUUUUUAAAUAAAAACGUUGCACCGUAACAAUUUGCCAACAGAAAACAAAGGAUUGUGCACUGUCACGGUGCUUUGAACCCUUUCUGAUCGCAACACUGAUGGUAACGCUUUUUCUAACAUUUGAUAACUAUGUUUGAUUUGAUGCAUGCACCACAUAGUAUUGAGAAAAGUUUCGUUCUCUUAGUUGUACUCGAACAACAACAAAUCAACAAAAAUUUUAUUCGACAUAGUUCAGAUACAACACUAAUUACACACUCAGAUCAUUGAUUACAGGAAUACUGAGAAAUCGGAAAAAAAACUUUCCCGCCGAUAAUAGCAUAAAAGGCUAGUCGCCAGAGGCGGGAGAAAGAUGAAAACAAACUUACGGUGAUGAAAUAAGACAAUUCAAAGUAGACAGACUACAAAUUAUAUUAACUGAGAUAACUAUACAAUAAGGUUAAAUAAGAAAAUUAAAUGAAAAAAUUUCCUUUCAGAAAAAAAAGAUAAAUGAAUAAAUAAUAAAAUAGCCUUUCCAAGGCUAAGAUAAAUCAUGCUAAAGUAAUUGAGCAAUUGGGAGACUUCAAUAUGGUCAUUUUCAAGCUCUAAAGUUUCAAGAUUCGGAACUUGGAUUUACCAAGACAUCUAACAGCAAAGUAGGUUGAGUUUGUGAGAACGCUAUUAAGAACUCUUCUGUUGAACUACCAUUACCUACAGGCGACAUUAUGGACCUACUCAACCUCUGUUUGACUUCAACGUACUUUCAGUACAGUAGUAAGAACAAUUACAACACGGACUUUGUUAGACGGAACACUCACAGUAACACUGAUUGCAACGUUCAGACCAACUCUGGCCCUGUUACGACAGCGACUAUACCGUACAUCAGAGGCACCUCUGAAACUAUUGCACGUAUAUUACAACCUUACAAUAUAUGUGUUGCACACAAACCGAUAACCACUUUACGGCGACUGAUUACUAAGGUCAAGGACAAAGACAAACUGGAGGACAGACAGGGAGCAGUAUACAAGAUAAAUGCUGCGACUGUCAGGCUUCUUACAUUGGUGAAACCGGCAGAAACCUAAGCAAGCGACUGACCAAACACAAACGAGCGACGAAGAAUGGUGAGGUCAACAAUCACAUUUCUGAGCACCACUUAAAGACGAAACAUCAAUUUGACUGGGACUCUGCGACAUGUAUAACGUAUUCUACAGACUGCUAUCAACGUCUUACUUCAGGGGCACCAAACGGCAAUUUUCGGGAAAAUAUCUGUUCGGAAGACGAUUUGAGAUCUAGAAUUUUCGGAGCAUUUGUUGUAAAAUUUCUUGCUUGCCUACCUCUCCUAGGAUUUUCGAACAUCUACAAAAUGGCAUAAUUACCCAUUUUUAACGGAUUUUGACCCUAAAAAAGGCCACCUAGAAUUUUCGGGAGCCUUUUCGUGGCUGAAAUUUUCGAGAAGGAAAAUUUUGAUCCCUAUAAUUUUCGGACCACUAGACUUUCAGCUAGGAAAUCCGAACAGAUGAAAAGUUUUUAGGGGAUAAAAAUAUGCCUAUAUCUACCGUUUGAAUACUAAAAUACGUUUAACAAUGCUAUGUUACGUGGUUUUGAACUAUAUUCUCGUUGGGUGCCCCUGUUACUUUAGAAAGCUGGUUUACUAACUUAGAACAAACGCCACUGAAUCGUAGCCAACAGUUACAAACGACUUAUUGACGAGAUCAAGCAAAACUAACUACGAAAGAAUGACGAUUUGACUAACAAUAGACGAGUGUUUAACUGUGACAAUAGACGGAUCGAAACGCACCAAUUACUGAUUACGAGUCGUCAUAACCAAUAACAUCACGGCUUGACCAAUCAGAUCAAUAACCAGAGUAUGAUACCGUCAACUGACGUGAUACAACUCACUUUGACUCUGAACAUGACUACCGCACAGGUUUUCGAAACGUCAGUCACUGUCAACAACAACAGUCCUAUUCAGGACUACGUUCACCCGGACGAUCAAACUCAACCUACUUUUGAAAUGACUCCUGGGUUCAAACCUUUCACAGUUUUACAUCUAACAAAGUAAGGGAUAGAGUUCCAAAUCGAAAAAGAAAAAGAUUUUUUUCAUUUGCUCAGUUUUGGAAGUUUCACGUAGAAGCAUUCAUUUGACGAUGAUCUGGUGUUAUAAUUUUGAAUCGUACUGGUUUUGGUGAAUUGGCUAAGAAUGUUAGUCUUGGGACGGACUGCUCAUGAAUGUCAUGCAUACAUUAAAUAACGUACAUGUUUAAAGAAUGAAAAGGACAAAGGAAGUCAUUUUGCUUGGACAAAAAAAAGGAACUGCAUGUUCUCGAGCAUUACCAAGCGAAAAGCACGUUUUUGCAGUACCAAUAGCCUCUUAGAAUAUAAGGUUCUCUUUUCGAUCUGUUGGCUGGCAACCAAUUUGAUGUGCUAUUUUUUUAGGUCAUGGUUAUUCUUACGGACGGGAACCAAGCUGGAUUUGACCUUGUUCCUGAUCAGACACCUCUUGAGGUUGCAAUACAACCAUUCAAGGAUUUGGGUGUCAAGAUUAUUGCGAUUGGUAUUGGAAGUGUAGACAGGGAGCAGCUGGAAACUUUGGUCACCGACCCCAAUGAUAUUCUACAGCCAAAAAAUUUUCAAGAACUCUUGACUUUAGUGAAGACUACGGUUAAAAAGAGCUGUGAAGGUACGUAUUUAAAUAGUUAACUCCAUAUUGGCGCCUCGGCCCUAAAAAUCUGCUUUUGACGGCUAAAAGAAAAGAGAAUGGAUUGGGAGCUUUCUGGUCCCUCCCCUCCCCGCUGAUGAAGAUGCGAACACCUGCAAAUACAGCAUUCGGUAACAGCGAAAAGUGUCAAAGAGUACAAUAAGACUGGGAGACCCAUUACAAACGAAAAGGGGGUUAGCGUCUAUGAAUCCUGUUUCUUAUUCAUUUUUGGGCAAACGAUUUUAGUAUAAACCGAACAAGCUGCAUUUCCAAACAGACGAGUGAAGUCCAAAAUCCGUCGCGCUUGCAGCAGCAGUGAAGAAACAAAAAAGCUCUGGCUAAGGAAAGGCGCAUUUUACAAAUGGGUCAUAUUUUGAGGCCAAUAAUAUCUUCACUUAAUCGCGAGAGGGAAUAGGUUACGCACAAGUAAGCUCCUAGCCUCCCCUCCCCCCUCUAGCCUCUCCCCUCUCCGAACGGAGCGCCACAUCAAAGGGUCAAAUUUUGUCAAGCGCUGUGGCGUACAUUACAGCUAAUUCACCAAUUAAUUGUUCUUCACCCGUGACAAUGUGUCAGUACAAAGCGGCAGUAAUAUGAUUGCCUUGUUCUGUUUACUAGGUGGGAACAGCCCCAGUUUGUUGCCUGGUCUGUGAUGAUGAACAUGAGUCGACGGUCACCGGUUCAGUAAACAACGGCAGAUGAAUCAUGCAUAAACCGCAAAUGCCUUAUAGCUUGCCAGUUUUUAAAAAUUGUUUUAUACUUUUUCAGUUGUCAGGAGCAAAGCUAGCCUUAUAUUAGCCUUAUAUUAGUGUAAUCGGCUCCUGUCUUUAGAGCAAAUUCCAUUUUUAAGCCGCAGAAGUUGUAAGAAAUAUGCAACCUCUUUCCCAGGGUCCUCUCCUACUCGUCUCCCGGAGCGAGAGAGGAGCCUUGGGAGGGAGGCCGGGAAAUAGACUCUGAUGAACUGGCCUCGACAUAGACCACGAGUAGUCCCCAUUUUUCCUCAGGGAUAGUAGAGCGAGCGAAACGCGAGCGAGCGUGAAAAAAACCCCAAGCGAGAAAGGCGAGACGCGGUGGUUAGAAAGAAAUUUCAUUUUUGUCUCUCUCCACCACGUCUCGCCUUUCUCGCGUGGGGUGAUUUUCACGCGCUAUCGCGUUUCGCUUGCGCUACUUUCCCUGAGGAAAAAUAGGGACUAAUCGUAGUCUAGCCUCGAUAGGUACCGGGGAAAGUGUAUUAUCUGUCGGAUACAACACAAUCGUUUCACGCAAAUGGCAACAUUUCUGAAAGUGAUGAUAAUUCAGUAAUGGUACAGAUAAUAAUAAUGAUGAUGAUAACUGUGACAGUUUGUUAUAAAGCCAGAAUUAUUAUACUUGGGGAUUCAAUUCUAAUAACUACAAAUGAUUUUGAAUUUUAAUUUUUAAUUUUAUCUCAAUGAUUUUUCUUUAUAAGCACUUCUGUCAAUAAAGCUUGCUUUGCUGUUGUUGUUCUUGUCUGUGAUUACAUUUCGUGGUUAAAGUGCCUCCAGUGAUAUGAACAGGCUGACCUUAUGUCGAGGACAUGAAGGAGCCUUUAAAAUACCAAAUUUUAAAAUUGAAAUACUAAACUGAACCUUACGGCGGGAGAGUGAUAGAAAAAAUAAAACAACAAAAAUUAAAUGGAUAAUUAUAUUUGGCAAAUAUGUUCCACUGUGUUAUUUUUGUUUUCUUUAUUUAUUUUUCUAGGCUCAUCUGCCGCAAGGAUCAGUUUACUGUUUUAAUUUUGAGAUUUGGUAUUGAAGAUUUUACUGAUCCACAGAUCUACUAAAGAUCCGCUGACCCUCAUACCCUCACUGGUUUCUAACGGUAUACUUUUAGGUACUUAGAGCUUUUGGGGCGAAAAAGAAACUCCCCUCUUUCUAUGAUGGUAAUUGAAACGGGAAAACCUUAACUUCAUCAAAGGUUAAAAAUACCAUUUCGGGCAGGUUACUUGUCUGAAAAGAAUUAGAAGAGGAGUUAACCCGUUAAAACCGUUUCUAGCUACGACACUCAAAAUUCGAAUUAUGGGACUUUAAAGAUACAGUAUUAUAGUGUAUCCCCUGGAACCAUACCUUUCCUUAAUAAAACGAUCGACUUCUUUGAUUUAUUUUAUUGCAAAGUAAGCUGUUUUUUUCGGUAACAUAAACGUUUCUUAAUGGUCCAAUUCUCGUAUCAUCUUAGAUUUUCGUCUUUUGACUUAAAAACGCUAAUUUUUGGAAAACAAAAACUGAUCACCUGACCGUGUUAUUACAAAAUUUUUUUUCACUUUUAAUUAGAUUCGACAAUACAGACAAUUACGUUAAAAUCAUCCCAUAUCCAACAAGCGCGAGUGGAAUAAUCGUUUUAUUAAAACGCCUACAGAAUAUCGCGAAUUCUUCCCGACUUUAUUUGUAAAAACCGACUAUUUUCAGCUUGUUUUUAAUUUUAAGCAGACGCGUACAGCCGUUACCAAAUUUGGAGAGCAUGGUAUAAUGGCUCAUAUACCCGCAGGUAGCCCAAGCUCGAAAUAUGAGCAUCGGCGAGCAUCGGCAUUGUUGCGUAACAUUCAAAAUACAAGGAUUUGUAUGGGAAAAAACCUAUCGUUUCUGUAACCUACGAAAAUGAAAGGAUUUCAAUAAAAAACAGCUUGCCUUACUUAAAAUGUGUGUUACGUCUCUCCUGUGGGGUCCACGGGCAGAUUUAUGGCCGUUUUAUGGGUUUUUAUGUAAACGGUUUUCUGUCUAUAUAAAGGUUUACCAAGGUGGGCACCAACUGAUUGUUGUAUUGCAACAAAGGAAAUAGGAGACGUCUGCACGCAGGCAAUACGCUGUAAAGAAUCUAAAGAAAUUAAGACUAAGAAUCUAGAACUAGGUUCGAACAAUGAGCCGCAGCCCUAAUCUGAGUUGCUUCAGACGCAGAACAGUUUCCCCCACUUCAACAACAACAAAAAAAACAACAACAACAACCACAAGAAAAAACAAAUAAAACUUUUCAUGUACACGGGUACAAUGACACGAGCCACGUUCUUUGAAAGCAAAAAUAACUGAACUAAUACUAGCCCUGAGUAUAAUUUCCCGUUUCCGAUGACUUUAAUGGCAAGGCCGGAAAUAGUCCUGAAGUGGUGUUUAUCGCUAUAUGCUGAGUCAUGCACUAUCAUAUAAUUUGGCCCACCCUACAAGUCCUUCUGUACUGUAUCUGAAACAUAUACCUUCUUAUGUAACAGAAAUUUUUGUCGUACGUUUGUUAGUACGGCGGGUCUUUCAUAUGGAACACAGAGGAUGCGUGUCGUCUGCGAUGUUUUGUAAACCACAUUUCCGUUUCUGUAACACUUCAGCUUUAGUCUGGACGGAACGGAAAAAUUUUUAGGCAUACGGGCAACACCCAGAAAAAAUAAAGCAGGCUAAAAAGAAAAGAAAGAAAGAAGUUUCGAUGACAUCUACUUUACGUGCUUUAUAGAAAUUAAAACUGGUACAUAAUUAUUUGGCUGUCAUGUUUGUUACUGAGUUAGGGGUUGAUAUUAGAAAAAGGCUCGAUCUACGCCCACGAGUUUCGCGGUACCUACAAAGGGUUCAAUCCAAUGUUCCUCAGUCAGCAGUGGUUUUCUCUUGGUUUUCCUCGAUGAUAUCCUGUUGUCUUGCGGUUAUAAGACAUCUUUCUCUAUCUUAGACCUUAGACUACAGAGCUUUUUGUUUCAUCCCAGUACACUGCAAAGCUACCUUUGCAGUCUACUAACCUACAAGGCCCUUUGAAGAGACUAACAAAGGUACAACAUUCGAAAAAAGCCUUUAGGACCUUUAGUCUCGAAAACUCACAGGCAAGAUUAAACUUGACUGCUUUUAUAUGGCGAUGCUCUGAAUUUUGCAAAGGAUCGGCUAAAUACACCCAUAUGUUGGUUGUUAUGAGUCAUCCGAAUUAGUGAAGAGUUUUACAUGUACUGAUCUGUCGGUCUGCAUGAGCUUUUGGUUGACGCCGAUGAAACAAAACCUGAUUUAGCUCGGGCGGAAAUCCGUCACUUAAAAGCGAACAGCGCCCUAUCGGAAUGAGUCACGUUGGCUGGGUAGAAAAAAAAUGGUGAACAAAAAACAGACAAUACCAUAAGCAAUCCAGUCUUUAUUUAGGAGUUGCAUGCGAAGGACAGAGCACACAACAAGGUUUGAAUUCCGAGGGUGAAGAAAAAGUGACAACCGCCCUGUCAGAUUACUAUCGAGAGCUCACGAAAGUACGGUAAGCCGUUUGCCUGUUAUGCCUACAAUGUCGCACUUUAGCCGCUCCACGUAGAACGUGCCCACGUCUACAGUUAGAAAAGUGAUUUAAUGAUCGCUAUUUCCUGCGCAAGAAACUGCACUGUCAGAGUGCCGGCUGUCCAAUAAAAGCCAUUAGAAAUACAAGCUCCUUUCAAAGGUAGAACCAUCUCAGUACACAGCAUAGAUGAUUUGUUACCUUUCGUCUCUUGUUAUGAAGAUCAGGCUGCAGAAGUUUAAAAGGUGGUUAACAAUAUCGAUUGGAUGAAUUUCUAUCCACUGGAUAGUGAUUUAUCCGUUAGAUACAUGGCACUAUCCUUCUUUUGAACACCUGGGGCCAGAUCCCACUGCAUUUUUACUGCACUGCGUCUUUAAAACAUGAACUAUCUCACUAACGGCGAUGUACUAAACCUGUGGGAAUUCAACACAAAACAUUGCAGAGAUAAAAAUCAUAAUUUUAUAAACAUUAUCUAGGGGCUUGAAGGAAAGACUGCAGCAGAUUCCGAGGCUGGAUAAAAGAAAAAUAUUUCAUUUGUUGGUUAAUUAUAAACAAAUCCCAUCCCUCCGCUCUGCUAGUACCUGAUUGGGUAUCCUACAUAGCUUCAAAGUUUUGAUCACUUCCAAUGUACUUUUGGCUUUGUCAUUUCCGUUGAGUAUGAUUAUCGCAGUAAGUAAAACCCCCGGGAGGUACUCACCGAAGUUUUAUACGAGGAGACUCCGCUCCGAAGUCCAGCCCCUUACCCUUUUAUGUAACGCUUUUGACAGAGAAGAAACCCCCUUAGUUUACUCCUUCUAUUGACAAAUGGUACCCUUUUUCCAUAACUUAUUUAGAACACUACGUCCCCUUUAACUGCUUUAAAUCAGUGCUCAGUCUAAAAAGUUUUCUUGUUCUUUCACAUCCAUAAAUUGAGUCUGCAAGCCCUUUUUGGCCUAGCCUAGGACCAGGCUCCGCAUUGGGGGAAAAAGGACAAAAAAAUCGCUGUGGGCGAAAAAAAAAAAAUCGGCUAAAGAAGCGAGCCGAGAGUUAGUCUGCGGGAGGGGAAAGGGUGGCAAAAUGACAGAUUUCCCUACCCUUUUAUUCACUUCAACUGAUGAAAUCCCUGCCCUUUUAUAUACCUGAGGCCUGAAAAAGGUACCCAUUUCGGACGGAGCCUCCCCGUAUGGGCCGUUAUGGGGAGUACCCCCUGGGGCAAAUCCGAAGAGUCCACGGGUUUUUUAGUAUAUUCCUCAUCAGAAACUGUUUUUUUUUUUCUAUCUUUUUGUGUAUUGUAUUAAAAAAUAACCAGUAACCAAAAUCUCUAUACGAUACAUCCUAUACGCGAUCUAAAUUUAAUAGAACGGAAAAAGUGAACAACUGUUCCUGUUCUAGCACCUUAUCUUGAAUCCCGAGAUAUGAUCAUCAACUUCAAUUUCAAACUUUGUCUUCUCGAAAACUUCCUUUUCUUCAAGAGAACCCUCCAUGCAAGAUCUGAUAAAAAUCUGAUAAAAGACAUUCUUUCAUAGCAAGUGCAAUGCGAUUACUCACACGGUCAGGUUAGCAAACUGUUUAAGCUGACCGUGCGAAGAAUCAUAUAGUAGUAUCUAGUUUGCAAAUCGAAGAGUUAAGCAGAUGAGUCUAAUUUAUCUACUGAAUAACUAUUUAUCUGUUGGAUAAAUGUUUUAAAGAUAGCGAUAACGACCAAAAUUAGUAUAAAUUUUACCAUGCAGCGAAUUACGCAUCUCUUGGGUGUGGCAUGACGACAUCAAGGGCUUUUUCUACCCUGGGGGCAAGUUUAAAGGCAAAGUCCUUUUCUUAUCCGUAUCCGGUUUUGAAACGUAUUAAUCUUAAUUUACAAGCAGCUGUUAUUUUUGCGAGUCAAUCUGUUUUGAUGAUAUAUAUCCGGCUCUAACCGUUUGUAAGCCCAGCUGGGCCGGGCCGCUCAUAAAAUUUAUACAGUUUUAUUUUGACUGAAGAGGAAUACACUUAACUUUUAGAAUAGAUAAGUGAGAGAGUGAGGUUGUAUCUGCAUUCUUUGUUGUUAUCACUCUUUGAAGAACGUCAUCUAUGAUUUCAGACUCUUUUCAACUAAGACAAGGCAAUUGUUUGAAUUGAAUCUAGAACCUUUUCUUGCAAACUUAAGUUAAAACAAUCUCGUCCCCAGAGCUUUUCUCGCCAGAAAUGGGGCAUUUCCCCAAGGGGAAAACCCUGGUUUACAAGGUUGAGUUAAGAAUUGCGAAUUUAAUAAUUGCACUGAAAAAUAUAUAACUGAAGAUUGUUUUAGAAGAAAAUAGAUAGGAGAGUUUCGUAACACAGGCCUAGAACCGAAAAAUGUCUUGAUGUUAAUAAAGUUGAAUUGAAUGAGAUUUAAAAUUCGACUGAGAAAAGUUUCAAUAUCAUCCAUAUAAAUCCGUUUGGCCGUGACCUUGAACAGUUUGCCUAGUAAAUUACACAAUUGAAAAGUAUAUUGGGCUCACAAAAAAAGGUAUAAAAAGGCACGAGCUGUACCUAAACACUACAGAUUUAGCGUUCAUUCUUCCAUUCACCGCAUUUUUUUAAGGCCGGAAGUAUUACGUUAUGGCGGUUUUAAACUUCCUAAGGGGCGACGCCUGUUUUUGAUUUCAUAGUCGUGCUGCCUCUCAUACCAUGAAAUAAACAAUAUUUUGCUCAAAGAGAUGCCAACACAACUCUUAAAGUCAAGAAAAUUCAGAGAAUUUUUUUAACAAAGUAUUUAGGAACAAGAGAAUCAAGCGAAAGAUCUGCCGGUCUGACAGUUUACAUUCGGAAAGUUACGCUAGGACAGGUAGAAUUUUUUUCUCCGUGGACUCUGGCCACAGUUCAAGGGCGACUCUGUGUGGAUCUCCUUUUCUGCCUGCGACCCAAAACAAAUCACUGUUUAGUCUCGCUGGUGUCGUCCUGAAUCAGUGUCAAUUUCUCUCUUAAUCAUCAGAGAAGAUUUACAUUCUUUGCCUGAUUAAUUUUUGGGAACAAGUAUUUAAGUCUUUACAAAUAAUCUAG